ACCCGCGACAACACCACCCCGUGACGCCAUCAACUCCACGCGCGUCUAUCAUCAACACACUUUCAACCAAACCACUAGUCAACUAACUCACAAUGACUGGACGCGGCAAGGGCGGCAAGGGUCUCGGCAAGGGUGGCGCCAAGCGUCACCGCAAGAUCUUGCGCGACAACAUCCAGGGUAUCACCAAGCCCGCCAUCCGUCGUCUGGCCCGUCGUGGCGGUGUCAAGCGUAUCUCUGCCAUGAUCUACGAGGAGACCCGUGGUGUCCUUAAGACCUUCCUUGAGGGUGUCAUCCGUGACGCUGUCACCUACACCGAGCACGCCAAGCGCAAGACCGUCACUUCGCUCGACGUCGUCUACGCCCUCAAGCGCCAGGGCCGUACCCUGUACGGUUUCGGCGGUUAAGCGCGUCCAGCGUCGGUUCUGUCGUCAAGGUCCUUUUUCCACCGGCUUUUCGCCUGGCACGUCAUCGGCUCAUCUGGUUUCGGCGCACAUCACUGCACGGGUCGGCGGACUGGGUUGAAGGCGCGAUGCGACUGCUGCGACUCAUCAUCUCUGGGGAAAGGUCUGUUUUGCGUGCUUCUGGGAACAACGGGUGGAGUUUGGGUUUCUGUUCUGCUUGCUUCAUGGAUAUGGUCUCAUGAUGAACAGAUGGCGCGUCUGCCAUAGGACUAUGCUCAAUUGAACGGUGGCUUCUGCC